AUGGCUGACUCGAGCAGUUCAAGAUUUGUUGCAGUUAAUGUCGAUUGCUUUAUAGAAGAGAAAAAGAACGACAACACUAAACGGAAAACAGAAAGCGACCUAAGAUUAUUUAGACAAUACUUAAAACAAGUGCAUGAUACCGAGGAGGACUUGGAAACAAUAGAACCGGAAAGAUUGGAUGCGUACAUGGCCGAAUUUUUUGUUGCUGUGCGAAAGCCAAAUGGCAGACAGUAUGAACCGUUGUCGCUGCGUAGUUUCUUCGCCUCCUUUUGCCGCUAUUUAAAGGGAAAACGUUACCCUGAACAGUUAACAGACUCGGCUUUGUUUAAUAAGUCAAGAGAAGCUCUUAAAGCCAAACAAAAAGAGCUCAAAAGCUUUGGGAAAGGAAGCAAACCAAAUGCAGCCCGUUCGCUUACUGAUCAAGAAGUUGAUUUACUGCAUGAGAGUGGUGAAUUUGGUACCCACAGUGCCCGUGCACUUGUCAACAUGCUUUGGUGGAAUAACACUACUCAGUUUGGUUUGCGAGGUUGCCGAGAAAAUCGAGAUCUUUGCUGGGGAGACGUAAACCUUAGAAAGGAUUCUGCUGGCGUCGAGUUUCUUGAAUACACUGAGCGCCAGACAAAAACAAGAUCUGGAGAGAAUCCCCUGGACUUACGGAAAGUUAAACCCACCAUGUGGCCAUGUUCUGAUCUAAAGCGUGAUCCCAUUGCAGCCUACAAGAAGUUUGCUGAGGAACGCCCGCCAAAAACUUGUGCCCCAGAUUCUCCAUUUUACCUUGGCAUUGAUCAUAACAGAAAUCCCAAAUACUGGUUCACAACACAACCAAUGGGCAGAAACACAAUCAACAACUUGAUGAAAACUAUGUGUAUGAAUGCUGGAAUAAUUGAUGAAGAGCACAAACUCAGUAAUCACUCAGCACGUAAAACAAUGGUUAAGAAAUUGAAGGAAAACCAAAUUCCUGAUACCGAUAUUAUACAGCGUGACAAAGGCGACUCGGAUAGCUCUGAAAGCGACAUAAUUUCAGACCCAGAUGAGGAAGUUGACCAUGCCUUCGAAGCGGAACAUGCUUGGCGCCUUCAAAGCUUAGAGUGGUGUAAAUGUGGCCAUUGCACGCUCAAACCAAAAGCCAUCGAAUUUUUUUGUUGCCAUGAGAAGGCACUAGAAUAUGACGAGUACGACAAUUUGCUAAAUGAAGCAGAAGCGAAUGGAAAAAGAUGCCUGACAGCACAUGGUGAUUUCCAAGCAAAUAUGCUUUCGGAAAGCGUGUUAGAAAUAGACGUUUUCCUAUACCUCGAAGAUACUGGCCUCUGGAUGACAAAACCAGCUGGAAGAUUUACAGCCUCUUCCAAUGAAAAACCAACACAAAUAUUAAUGAAAUAA